AUGAAUAUGGGAGGCCUCUGGCCUUGGGUGCUGGGUCUGGUCUCUUUGCCAGGUUUGAUCCUAGGAGCACCCUCAGCCUCCAGCUGCUCAGAAGCCUAUGGAACCAGCUUCUCGGAGGGCCUCAACCCCGAGGGGACCCAGACAUCCUGGGACAAGGACAUCCCUGAGAUUAACCAAGGGCUCAUCCCAGAGGAAACCCCAGAGAGCAGCUUCCUCCUCGAGGGGGACAUCCUCCGGCCGAGUCCCUUGCGGCUGUUCUCAACUACCAGCAACAAGUGGCCCAAGAACGGGGAGGUCGUGGAGGUCCCCUUCCUGAUCUCCAGCAGAUACGAUAAAGCCAGCCGCGACAUCUUCCUAAAGGCAUUUGCCGAGUUUGAACGCUUCACAUGCGUCAGGUUUGUUGCCUACCAGGGCCAAAGAGACUUCAUUUCCAUCGUCCCCAUGUCUGGGUGUUUCUCCAGCGUGGGACGCAGUGGAGGGAUGCAGGUGGUAUCCCUGGCACCUACAUGUCUCCAGAAGGGCCCAGGCAUUGUCCUGCAUGAGCUCAUGCACGUACUGGGCUUCUGGCAUGAGCACUCACGGGCUGACCGGGACCACUAUAUCCGUGUCAACUGGAAUGAGAUCCUUCCAGGCUUUGAAAUCAACUUCAUCAAAUCUCGGAGCAGCAACAUGCUGGUGCCCUAUGACUACUCAUCAGUGAUGCACUAUGGGAGGCUUGCCUUCAGCCGGCGUGGGCUGCCCACCAUCACACCGCUCUGGGCUCCCAGUGUCCACAUUGGCCAGCGAUGGAACCUGAGCACCUCGGACAUCACACGGGUCCUCAGGCUUUAUGACUGCAGCCCAAGUGGCCAAAGUCCCCGUGGGAGAGGGUUCCAGCCCCACAGCGAUGGUAGGAGCCCUACUCCUGCUUCUAGACCAUACCUGCAGCAGCUUCUGAAGGCAUUGUCGGCAGAAUCUGGGCGCCCCGACCCCAGUGGCUCCAAGGCUAGAGCCCAGCGCAUUGUUGCAGGGCCUGGAGAGAGCCCACGUAGCUGGAAGCUCCCUGCGCUGAGAAAGUUGGGUGUGGGGGCCUCUGCAAGGCUGCUUCAGACCCCAGCUUCCUCCCUAAACUCCAGGCCUGGAGCAGACUUUCCUGGUUUGGCUCUAGAGAGGUCCUGGCUGGCCCAAGUGCCCUCUGUAUCACUCACUGCUUCUCCGGAAGCAGAAGACCAGCCAGGACCCAUCCAGGAGGCUUUGGGGAGCAGCUCUCCCAGGAGCACAUGUACCUGA